CGACUGCCCCAUCUCAUGCCAGAGAGCUGCAUCCUCAUUGCAAUAGGUGUCUUGGUUGGUGGGAUUAUUUUUGGGACACAUCACAAGUCCCCACCAGUCAUGAAUACAAACAUUUAUUUCCUGUACCUCCUGCCACCCAUUAUCUUGGAGGGAGGGUAUUUUAUGCCUACCCGUCCAUUUUUUGAAAAUUUUGGAUCUAUUCUUUGGUGGUCUGCUCUGGGGUCCCUCAUAAAUGCCUUUGGGAUUGGAUUCUCAAUGUACGGGGUUUGCCGUGUUGCAGCUUUUGGCCUCCAAGAUGUGAAUUUACUCGACAGUCUGCUGUUUGGCAGCAUGAUCUCCGCUGUGGACCCAGCAUCAGUCCUGGCCAUUUUUGAGGAGAUGUCUGUUAAUGAACAGCUUUAUAUGAUGAUAUUUGGGGAAUCUUUGUUGAAUGAUGGAAUAACUGUGGUCUUAUACAACAUCUUCAUUAGCUUUACUCAGAUGCACCAAUAUGAAGACAUCAAGUCAAUUGACAUCUUGGCUGGAUUUGCUCGCUUCUUUGUGGUGGGUCUCGGUGGGCUGCUGUUUGGCAUCAUCUUUGGGUUUGCAGCUGCGUUCACAACCCGAUUCACACGGAACAUUUCUGCCAUUGAACCGCUCAUUGUCUUCAUGUUCAGCUAUUUGUCAUACUUAGCUGCAGAGACUGUUUACAUUUCGGGCAUUUUGGCGAUAACUGCAUGUGCAGUGACCAUGAAGAAAUACGUAGAGGAGAAUGUUUCUCAAAAUUCCUAUACGACAAUAAAAUACUUCAUGAAGAUGCUGAGCAGCAUUAGUGAGACACUGAUUUUUGUGUUCAUGGGCGUGUCCACAGUCGGACGGAACCACGAAUGGAACUGGGCCUUUGUUUGCUUCACUCUGGUCUUCUGUAUGCUUUGGAGGGCACUAAGUGUGCUUUUUCUGUUUUGCAUCAGCAACAAGUUUCGGACUUCCCGAUUCACUCUUAAAGACCAGCUUAUUAUCAUCUACAGUGGUGUACGAGGAGCCAGCAGUUUCUCACUCGCAUUUUUGCUUCCUGCAGUUUUCUUCCCUAGAAAGAAAAUGUUUAUAACUUCUACUAUUGUAGUGAUAUACUUUACAGUUUUCAUCCAGGGAACUACCAUAAGGCCACUUGUAGAGUUCCUCGGUGUUAAGAAGACUAAUAAGAAAGAGUCCAUCAAUGAAGAAAUUCAUACGCGAUUGAUGGACCAUUUCAGUGCUGGAAUUGAAGACAUAUGUGGACAUUGGAGCCAUUACCAACUGAGAGACAAAUUUAAGAGGUUUGACAACAGAUUCCUGAAGAGGAUCCUAAUACACAAACACCAACCUAAAUCUAGCCUUGUUUCCCUAUAUAAGAAAAUGGAACUAAAGGAAGUAAUUGAGAUGGUAGAGAGUGGAAUGAUGAAGUCAACUUCUUCCAAAUUACCUGCUCUGGUUUAUACAAAUCAAAGGACACAAAGACUUUCCUCUGAAGAGGUGGAGUCCAUGCGUAAUAUGCUAACACACAAUCUGUAUCAAGUAAGGCAAAGGACACUGUCAUACAACAGACACAGACUUGCCAAUGACACAAAUCAGGAGCAAGCUAAAGAAAUCUUUAUCCGACGCCAGCAAAGUCAGAGACAACUCAUGAAGAAAGGAAACAGCCUACCCUGGGGAGGGCAGGCUGCUGUACGAAACAUGCGUUAUUUGUCUCUGCCCUUCGGCAAUUCUCAACUAGCUAGAAGAAAAGUCAGGAAUUAUGACUUAUCAGGAGACUACAGCAGUGACUCUGAGUCUGUAUUCAUUACAUUAAGUUCGCAACCUCGGCCAGGACCACAUCCAAAUAAGCAGCAACAGCAGGAAAUGCUUCCAAUGAGACAGCUGCAUUUAAGAGCUGGUCCAGCUGGAUUUACAAGUCAAGGAAGAAGAGCAAACCAGUCAGCCGAAGUGUUUAUGGCAGAAAAACCACUUUUACCCCCUCAACUGAAUACAGUGCUUGAAAAUGAUGUUCAGGAAAGUGAGUCUUCAGAUGAGAUGGACACAGCAGAACUCCCCUCAACAUCCUCCGUCCGAUGGGCAGCAGACACCAGAAAUGAAGGACACAUUGGUGCAGCGAAAAGACACUUUCCUAGAAGAAAAGAGUGAUUAUUUCCCCUCUUCCUCUACAGAACAGAUAGCAAUUUUCAUUCCUUGGGCUGUGUUCUGUCAGAAACUGUUGACAGCUUUCUGAUUCCAGUUUAGCUGACAGGAAAUGUUUACACAGAUAU